ACCACUUCUCAUGAUGACGGGGGACACGGCAGUCCAUCAUUGGGUAGAGCGGGGUCAUUGGCACUUGCGAAACGGACCGUGUGUCCCCAGGAAGGCACCGCUCCUUCCCCGGCUCCCUGAGAGCCAUCUGCAAACCAGAGCAAGGACUGUGCAAUUUUGAGGGUGAACACCAUCCAGGCAGGAGUUCGGUUGGUGGCGAGUAACCGAGAGGAACUUUCAACAAAAAAAAGAAACCGAAACUCAUUCAUCUGUGAAGCAGCAUCUCAGAACUUUCACAAGCGAGGGCUUUGCAAGAGACUGACGCCUAAUUAAUUUUUAAAGAAAGGUUUGAUGCAAUGUGUUAUUUUCUGGUACUUUAUAAUCGCUGCAGAAGAAACGCUUGUGGGGAGGGGCGAUUUUGUUUUAAACAGUAGGUUGUGGAUCUAACAUCCGAAUUAGCCAAUCUUGGAACUGAAUGAUAACUGUCGCUGGAAACACAGUUGUUUGCAGAGAUCUAACUACAAACAGAAGCUGUGAAGAUUGAUUAAUUGAAGAAUCCGAUGUUAAUAAGUGUAUCAGCCAUGAUCCUGAUUAAAGCAGUAAUCGUUCUAUUACAUGCCUGCACUUUGACCCUGGGACAACCACUGAAGCAAGCAAGAUCUCCGAUUACAACCAACAAGCCAUUUAUAACUGUGUGGAAUGCUCCAACUGAGGCCUGCCAAUCCUUGUUUGGUAUUGAUCUCAAUCUGGGAAUAUUUGACAUAAUUGCAAAUCAAAAUGACUCCUUAAUCGGACAAAAUGUUGCCAUCUUUUAUGACAAUAAGCUGGGCUUUUACCCCUAUUACACAGCAAGUGGUGUUUCUGUAAAUGGGGGCGUCCCGCAGAAUGCCAGUUUGAAAGACCAUCUUGCAAAGGCCCAAGUUGAUGUGGAAAAGCUAAUACCUUUGAAAAACUUUAGCGGAUUGUCUGUCAUUGACUGGGAGGCUUGGAGGCCUUCCUGGAUAAGGGACUGGGCUCAGAAAGACAUUUAUCGUAAAAAAUCUGAAGAGCUGGUGCGAACAAAACAUCCUGAUUGGCCUGAGAGUCAGGUGCUUAAGCAAGCACAAACUGAGUAUGAACAAGCUGCCCGUGAUUUUAUGGCAUUGACAUUGAAUAUGGCAAAAGGCCUUAGGCCUGGGGGCUUGUGGGGCUACUAUGGCUUUCCCUGUUGCUAUAACAGUGUCAUUUCCAAAAAUUACACUGGAGAAUGUCCAGAUAUCGAGCUGGAGAGGAAUGACCACCUGAUGUGGCUCUGGAGGGAAAGCAUGGCCUUGUAUCCAAGCAUCUACCUGGAUCGUAAACUUCAGUCAACAGAGAAUGCACUCAAGUUUGUUCAUUAUCGAAUCAAAGAGGGACUCCGACUUGCUCAGCUGGGAGCAAAUCACAGCUUGCCUAUCUUUCCCUAUGCUCGGAUUGUGUACGCCAACACUACAGACUUCCUGACUGAGAUUGACUUGGUCCACACAAUUGGAGAGAGUGCAGCAAUGGGAGCUGCAGGGAUCGUGCUUUGGGGGAACUCCGAUUAUGCCAAAUCUCAGGAGUCCUGCCUUGCUCUGAAAGCAUAUAUCAAUGAAACAUUGGGUAACUAUAUUGUUAAUGUAACAAAUGCUGCAAUUAUCUGCAGCCGAUUGUUGUGCACAGACCAUGGCAGAUGUGUGCGAAUGAACAAAGAUACCCACUCUUAUCUGCACUUAAACACCGACAUCUUUAGAAUAGGAGUGAAUCCUUCAGGUGAAGGCCUAGCAUUCUUCCUGCAAGGACAGACAGCUGAGAAGGACAUGAAAAAAAUGGCUGCCACAUUUCAUUGCCACUGCUACAAUGGAUGGACAGGGGAACACUGUGAGAUCACAAAUGGAUAGACCAGUGAUGCUUAAAGUGAACAAAUGCCAACCUGCAGUUAUAGCUUACUUUCAUUUUGUUUGGUGGGUUUACCGUCGACGAGGUAAAUAUUGAAAAUCCUAUAAAUACUCAGCAAGUCUGGCAAAAGAAAUCCAAAGAACUGCGGACACUGAAAAUCAGAAACAAAAUCAGAAAUUGCUGGAAACACUCAGCAGGACUAGCAGCAUUUAUGGAGAGAAAAAAGGGCUCAUAUUCCAGUGACCUUUCUUCAAAACGAUCUGGCAGUGCAGGUGAGAAAAAAACAGCGUUCUGUCGUAGAGUCCUGCAGCAUGGAGACAGGCCCUUUGGCCCAAACUGAUCCAUGCCAACCAAACCGUCCAUCCACGCUAACCCCAUUUCCUUACACUUGGCCCAUAUCCUUCUAAAGCUUUCCUCUUUAUGUAUUUGUCCAAAUGCCUUUUAAAUGUUAUUAAUGUACCCGCCUCAACCGCUUCUGCUGGCAGCUCAUUCCAUAGGCGUACUACCUUCUGUGUGAAAAUGUUGCCCGUCAGGUUCCCUUUUAUUCUUUCCCCUCUAACCUUAAACUGAUGCCCUGAAGUUCUCAAUUCCCCAACCCUGGGAAAAAGACUGAGUGCAUUCACCCUAUCCAUGCCUCUUAUGAUUUUAUACACUGCUAUAAGAUCCCCCCUCAGUCUCCUCAUCUCUAAAGAAAAAAGUCCUAGUUUAUCCAACCUCUCCCUAUAACACAGAUCCUUGAGUCCUGGCAACGUUCUUGUAAAUUUCUUCUGCACUCCUUACAGUUUAAUAACAUCCUUCCUAUAGCAAGGUGACCAAAACUGAACACAAUACUCCAAGUGCAGCCUCACCAACAUCCUGUACAACUGCAACAUAACUUCCCAAUUUCUAAACUCAGUGCCCUGACUGAUGAAGGCCACUGUGCCAAAAGCCUUCUUCACUGCCCUGUCUACCUGUGAAUAACCUUCCAUAUUGUUUAUGAUACCACCUACUUUAGUGUCAUCUGCAGACUUUCUAAUCAUGCCUUGUAUGUUCUCAUCCAAAUUAUUGAUAUAGGUAACAAACAGCAAUAUGCCUAGCACGACCUCUGAGGUAUGAUGUUUCUGAUGUAUUAGCCUUGAUUUUCUUUCUAUUGAUGCUGCCUGAUCUGAAACGUAUAACCAACAUUUUAAGUUUCAACUUCCAAUUUCCUGGACUUGCAGUGUUUGUGUUUGUGUCAUACACACAUAGGAACAAACAAUUUAGGAGCAGAUUUUGGCCAUUCAGCCCCUCAAGUCUGCUCCGCCAUUCAGUAAGAUCACAGAUGAUGUGAUUAUUCCACAUUCCCAUAAACCCCAAAGAGUAGGUUCAUUUAGGAUUUGCAUCUGGAACACCGUGCACCCAAAGUGAGAACUUACCCCGAGACCAUUAAAUUUGCUUUCUUCUGGUGUCAUCAGCAUGUACAGAAUAAAUAUUCAAUAAAACACUUUUUCCCACUAA